AUGUCGAACCGAGGAAGGAUACAAAGCGAGAACGAGCUUUCCUGGCAACGAAGGGCGUACGAGCGUCACCGUUCUAGAGUAAAAACAGCUAGACCGACGGUAGAUGUGAACCCACCAAAGGGCAGACCUCACGUUUCGUUCAAUGCGAAGAGAUUGCAGCUGGAACGUGAACGGCAGGAGCGGAUUCUCAAGGACAAUUUCAUCCUGCGGAAGAAACUCCGCGAAAUUAUGCACCGGAAACGACGAGUCGCGGAAGACACUCAAAGGGUCCAAUGGCAGGAAUCUAGAUGCGUCAGAGUUCGUUAAGGAGAUCUCGACAGAAUGCUUAUUUGCCAUUGUACUACUUGUGAUUUACAUUGCAUAUAAGCUCGUAUAUUUUAUGUGCAAUAUGAAAAGUAACAAUUCUAACGAACAAUCAAUCUUUAACGAACCUUUUUCUAU